CUCUUCCAAGAGUGCCCGAUCGCACGAACCUCCCAUCACCACCUGCUCGCACGAACCUUCAAUCGCCGCUGGCUUCCUACUCUCGCUGUGGCCACCCUUCCUCCUCACCUCUUGCACGCCGCACGCGGGACUCACGCUUGGAAUUGCCGCUUGCCUCAAACCCCCGACUUGUCGCUGCUCUCUCGCUCAAUGUCGCAGCCGACGUCGCCCCAAAACUGCACGACGUCGACGCCGCCGUCACCCCGAAACUCACUGACUUUUCACUGCCGCUUUCGCCACGAGAUCUCACCGACUUCGUCGGCUCCCUCGCCCCCACAAGACUGCCGGGAUAUAUUGUGGACAAGUUUCAGAAUAAGGAUAUGGAGACUUAUCAAGAUGUAACUUUAGAACAUAUGAAUGAACUAUGGAACAAAUGGAGAGGAGACUUGCAUCGUAAAUUUAUAAAGCCGUGCGAGAAUAUGCAGGAGGCCCUAAAGAUUGUUCCAGAAGGUGUACACCGAGAGGAUUGGGAGUGGCUGGUUAAAGAGCAUUUUUUUAGUGAAAAAUUUCUAGCGGCAAGUAAGAGAAACUCAGAAAAUAGAGCCAAACUAUCAAUGCCCCAUCGUACUGGUAGUAAGCCAUUCCGACAAAUUAUUUAUAAAAAGGGAGGCAAAGAUGGUAAUCCACCAAGCUUAGCGACAAUUUUUUUUGAGACUCGAAAAAAAGUGGACAACUUGAAGGAGAUAAUACAAACAAGAAAUAUGUAAGUCUUUGCACUUACUUUUGUUAUAAUUGAUUCUAUUUGUGCAUUCUUAUAUAACUAAUU